UAACAGAAGAGCUUGAUGUCUAUAAAAAUCCUGGAACAACUACUUUGCGUUCGGUUUUAAAGUAUCCAGUUCGUAAUUCACAAGCCAAUAGUUCUCAAGUAACUUUUGAGAGCCAAAAUGAUCCUGAAAAGCAGUCAGAUUCUUCGUUGCUCCCCCCUAAAAAAAAGAGAAAAACACUCACUUUUGCCCGACUGCUUACAAAUGAGGAAAGCUGGCGGCAAUUGAAAGAAGCGAGUGAGGAAGCAGAACGAAAGAUUGCAGAGACAAAACGAAAAAAAGAGAUAACCGCUCAAAAAAAAGCUGCACGAGAGCUUGAUCUAGCACAAAAAAAAGAAGAAUGUGCUAGAAAAAUAUUACAAAUCAUGCCUUCUUAUUUUGUACUAGAUUUAUUUAUAUAUGUUGUAUUAUUAGCGGUUUAA